UUAUAAUGCACAUUGAUUAGUUUUUGCUUUAUAUUGUAAAUAAUUCUCUGAAUUACUAAAUGGAUCUUCCUUAUUACCAUGGAGGCAUAAGUAAGCUAACUGGUGAAACUCUUCUGCUGCGUAAAGGAAAGAAGGGAAGUUAUCUGCUGAGGGACAGCGAAACAGCCUCUGGAGUCCUAUGUCUCUGUAUCUUGGUUGGAAGAAUAAUCUAUACAUACAGAAUUUUCCAAAACAGUCAUGGACAAUAUAUGGUUCAGACAGCUGAGGGCGUGAAAGAAAAAUAUUUCCACAACCUGAAGGACCUCAUCGCCUAUUAUGAAAAACCUAACAAAGGAUUGAUGCAUUUCUUGAGCAUCCCUGUAAACAAAAAUGAAGCUGAACAAAUUCAAAUUCAUGUCAAUGGAACGAUCAAACACAUGCUUCUACUGGAAGACACAUAUGCAGAGGUUGAUGAAAGAGACUAUGUGGAGGUCCUGCCUUCUUGA